AUGAAUCCCUUUUCCUCCGGCACCCGGCUGAGGGACAUGAUUCGGGCUAUUCGUGCUUGCAAAACUGCGGCCGAGGAGCGUGCCGUUGUAAGAAAAGAAUGUGCUGAAAUUCGUGCCGCGAUUAGUGAAAACGAUCAGUAUUACAGGCAUCGUAAUUUGGCAAAGCUCAUGUUCAUUCACAUGCUUGGUUACCCUACACAUUUUGGUCAGAUGGAGUGCCUUAAGUUAAUUGCCUCACCGGGUUUCCCUGAGAAGAGAAUAGGAUAUCUUGGCCUUAUGUUGCUUCUCGAUGAACGACAGGAAGUCCUGAUGCUCGUUACCAACUCAAUAAAACAAGAUUUAAACCAAACCAAUCAGUAUAUUGUUGGGCUUGCGCUUUGUGCCUUGGGAAAUAUUUGUUCUGCGGAAAUGGCUCGUGAUCUUGCUCCAGAAGUCGAAAGAUUGCUUCAGUUCAGAGAUCCUAAUAUACGUAAAAAGGCAGCAUUAUGCACCAUAAGGAUAAUACGAAAAGUUCCUGACUUGGCAGAGAACUUCAUAAAUCCAGCGGCUGCCUUACUGAAAGAAAAGCAUCAUGGAGUAUUAAUAACAGGGGUCCAGCUUUGUACGGUUAUGUCGAAAUUAAGCAUUGAGGCUCUUGAACAUUUCAGAAAGAAAUCCAUCGACAGCUUAGUCAAAGUUCUGAAGGAUCUUGCAAACAGUCCAUACGCUCCAGAGUAUGAUAUAUCUGGGAUUACAGAUCCUUUUCUUCAAAUUAGAUUGCUCAAUCUUUUACGUGUGUUGGCCGAAGGCGAUGCAGAUGCUAGUGAUGCUAUGAACGAUAUUCUUGCUCAGGUGGCAACUAAGACCGAGUCGAAUAAAAAUGCGGGCAAUGCGAUUCUAUAUGAAUGCGUUGCUACUAUCAUGUGCGUUGAAGAUAAUGGAGGACUAAGGGUACUUGCUAUCAAUAUUCUGGGUAGAUUUUUGUCUAGCCGUGAUAACAAUAUCAGAUAUGUCGCAUUGAAUAUGCUGAUGAAAGCAAUCGCCUUAGAUAGUCAAGCAGUGCAGAGGCAUCGAGUCACGAUUCUGGAAUGUGUAAAGGAUUCGGACCCUUCAAUUCGAAAGAGGGCCCUUGAGCUCGUUUAUCUUCUGGUAAAUGAAAACAAUGUAAAAUCGUUGACCAAAGAGCUUGUUGACUAUCUGGAAGUGAGUGACUCGGAGUUCAAGGGGGACCUUGCCGCAAAAAUUUGCUCGAUUGUGGAGAGGUAUUCCCCUGAGAAAAUAUGGUACAUUGAUCAGAUGCUCAAGGUUCUGUCAGAGGCUGGAAAUUACGUAAAGGACGAAAUAUGGCAUGCUCUUAUAGUUGUAAUAACUAAUGCCCCUAAUCUCCAUGGAUAUACUGUAAGAUGUCUGUACAAGGUUGUUCAAACAUCAAUUGAGCAGGAAACUCUCGUUCGAGUUGCCGUUUGGUGCAUUGGAGAAUACGGUGAUCUGUUGGUUAGUAAUGCCGGAAUGCUCGAUGUAGAGGACCCGAUAACUGUAACCGAGUCAGAUGCUGUGGAUGUUGUAGAAGCUGCAAUCCGAAGCAAUUACUCGGAUCUCACGACUCGAUCCAUGUGCUUGAUUUCUUUGUUAAAGCUAUCGAGCCGAUUUCCAUCAUGUUCCAAGAGAAUAAAUGACAUUUUACGCCAUCACAAAGGAAGCCUUGUGCUCGAACUGCAACAGAGAGCUCUCGAGUUCAAUUCCGUUGUGGAGAAGCAUGAGAAAAUCAGGUCUGCCCUGGUCGAGCGUAUGCCAGUACUCGACGAGGCAACCUUUAGCCGGAAGAGGUCUGAUUCUGUGCCUGCUUCCGUAUCGGCUUCCCAUGGACCUCCGCCGAAAAUUCCAAACGGGGUUGUUGUUAAACCCGUUCAAACAGCUCCUCUCGUUGACUUACUCGAUCUUAGUUCUGACGAUGUCCCGCCACCUGGCUCAUCCGGCACCGAUUUUCUUCAGGAUCUUCUAGGCGUUGAUUUGUCCCCUGUUUCUUCACAAGGGAACAGUAACGCCCCAAAAAGCAGUACCGAUGUGUUGCUGGACCUUUUGUCGAUUGGCCCAUCGACACCCGAUAUUUUAUCUACCAAUCAAGAAAACAAAAGCCCAGUCGAUCAUUUGGGCCUGUUGGCCUCACCUUCACCUCCGGCCCAAGCCUCUUUGCCUGUGAUGGAUUUGUUGGACAGUUUUGGAACGAGCCCAUCAUCCUCUUCGCCCAACGGCCCAACUUAUCCAGAUAUUGUCGCAUUUGAGAGCGGCUCUUUGAAAGUUACUUUUAAAUUCUCAAAGGAUCCAAGCAGUCCACAAACUACCCUAAUCGAGGCCCAAUUCGUAAACAAAUCGUCAGAUAUUUACUCGGAUUUUGUGUUCCUUGCAGCUGUCCCCAAGUUUCUUCAACUGCACUUGGAUCCAGCUAGCAGCAAUACGCUUUCCGCAAGUGGUAAUGAAUCUAUCACUCAGAAGUUGCGAGUCUCCAACAGUCAACAUGGCAAGAAAUCCCUGGUCAUGCGCAUACGAAUAAGUUAUAAGGUCAACGGUAAAGAUGUUUUGGAGGAAGGACAAAUAAACAACUUCCCCCGAGAUCUGUGA